UUGAUGUGAUUGCUUGUGCAGCCUCCAAGGUGUAGGAGCUGCGCGUUCAGCACGAGUGAGAGAAACAAAAGGUCUACUGACCGUGACAGCUACCUCCAGCUUACCCCCCGCGCGCCACCACGGACAGAUGCCAGCUAGCUACACCGAGCAGUGGAUUAGGUGACAUCACAGCUAGUGCAUCGCUAUCGUCGUCAACAUGUCGGCGCCUCGAUUCGUGAAGCGACCUGCGAUACGGCAGGCGGACAAGGGCAAGACGCUGUUCUUCGAGUGUGAGGUGAACGCAUCGCCUCAGCCGGAGAUCGAGUGGUACCGCGGCGAGGAUCGUCUUUCUGCGGGCGAGCGCAUGCAGAUGCUGUGCAGUCCGGCGACCGAUGCGAAUAACUACAGUGUGGCGUUGAAGAUCGAUGGCAUCGAUCAGGCCGACGGUGGAAUCUACAGAGUGAAGGCGAAGAACGCCGCCGGAGAGGCGGCCGCUUCCCUCAAUCUGAACUUCAGCCAAGACGCAAACAAAGGACUUCCCCCUACAUUUGCCCAGAAGCCAUCUAUAAAGCAAGCGCCAGGUGGCGCCAAGAUAAUAUUCAGCUGCAAACUUCAAGCUGACCCGCAGCCCAAUGUCUUAUGGUUCCACGACGACGAGCCUGUCAGUCAUGGCGGCCGUUACAACAUAUACGUAACUCCGGAAGAUAAAAACAUAUGCCUCGUUGGCCUAGAAAUCACAGGCAUUGCAAAGGAAGAUGGCGGAAAAUACAGAGUCAACGCCAAGAAUGAUCUUGGAGAGACCAAUGCAACACUCAACCUUAACUUUGGUGGUAAGGCACCACCACCGCGGGGUACCAUCAAGCCUCAGUUCCAGGGUAAGCCAGCCAUCAAGCAGGAAGGCGGCAUCUUGCGCAUGGAGUGCCUACUCAAGUGCAAGCCAGCGUCGAAGAUCACCUGGUUCCACGGCACUGACGUCGUGACGGAAACCGACCGACUCACCAUCACGGCCACAGCGCAGGACAACGACGUCUACAAACUGAUCCUUGCAAUCACGGAGCCCAAGGCAGAAGAUGGAGGUAGCUACAGGUGUAAUGCAGUUAACGAUGCUGGGGAGAGCAACGCAAAUAUCGCCCUCAAUUUUGCUGCUCCCCCACAACCGGAAGGCAUUGCACCGAACUUCGUCGCCAAGCCGAAGAUCAUUCCAUCAGCGGACGGCAGCAUGGUGACGCUGCAGUGUCAGGCCAAGUGCAAGCCGGCGCCGACCGUCGUGUGGCGUUGCGAUGGCAACGAGGUCGCCGCCUCCGCGCGGUUCGUCAUGACCGUCUUGCCGCAAGAUGGCGACAUCUUCGUCAUCCAGUUGGAGAUUAAGAACCCUGAGGCUGGCGACGGGGGCCAGUACAAGUGCACGUUGAAGAACAAGUAUGGUGAAAGCAAUGCAAAUUUAGCCCUCAACUUUGCAGGCGAAACAAAGAAAGGACAGGCACCGACAUUUGUACAGAAGCCCAAAAUCAUUCCUAAAGAUGGUGGCAAGCUGAUCAUCAUGGAAGUGGCAUUGAAGGCGGAUCCGGCGCCGGGUGUAAUCUGGUUCCACAACGGUACUCUUGUACAGCUCGGAAACAGACUAAGCACGAUCACGCGCCAGGAUGGUGACGUGUACACAGUGCACCUAGAGAUCAAGGAUCCGACUGCGGACGACAGCGGAACUUACAAGUGCAACGUUAAGAAUGAGGUUGGCGAGAACAACGCUAACCUCACCCUGAACAUCGCUGGUGAAAAGAAGCCGGAAGGAACCAGGCCGACCUUCACCUCUAAGCCGAAGAUCAGUCAGGACGACACCGGUCGCAACGUCACCGUCGAUUGCGUUCUCAAGGCCAAGCCGCCGCCGACGAUCACGUGGUACAAGGACAACGCCGUAUUGGUCGAGAACAGGCGCGUACGCAGUCACAUUACGCAGGACGGAGAGAACUACACUCUGCGGCUGACAAUCAGCAAUGUCAUUGCCAGCGACACCGGCAAGUACAAGGCGAAUGCGAAGAACGAGCUUGGCGAGACAAAUGCGAACAUCAAUCUCAACUUUGAAGGAGCACCAAAGGAACCUCCUCCCGUGUUUGAUACGGAGCCCAUCAUCAGACAGAGGAGGAAAGGCAGAACCCUAAUCAUUGAGUGCGAGCUCCUGUCCCAGACAGAACCGAGACAGAUCAACUGGUACCACGGAACGAGGAUGAUACAGGUUGAUAGCCGUCACAAAACAAACAUUAUCAAGCACCCGAAGGGAGAGGGUUACAUCCUAUCGCUGGAGCUGAUAGAUGUGGAGAAAUCAGACAGCGGCAUGUACAAGUGCGUCGUGAAGAACGAGUACGGACAGGCGGACACGAGCACCAACGUCAACGUCGAAGAGCCACAAGAACCAGAUCCCGAGGAACCGGAAGAAGAAAAGACCGAGAUCAAGAUUGAUGACAAAGUUAAGCCGUCAUUCGCCACCAAGCUGCGCCCGCAGUCUGGCAAAGCCAGCGACUCCAUCAACUUCAUGGUAUCGAUCAAGGGCAAUCCGGAGAAGGUCACGUGGUACAGAAACGGCGUGGCAGUGAGGCCGUCCAAGAACUACAAGGUGUCGCAGAAUGGCGAGGUAUACCGUAUGAGCAUACAGGAAGCAAGCCCGUCCGACUCCGGCGAGUGGAAGUGCGAAGCCACCAAUAAGAAGGGAACCGAGAGUACAACAGCUAAGCUUAACAUAGAAGAGCCACAAGAACCAGAUCCCGAGGAACCGGAAGAAGAAAAGACCGAGAUCAAGAUUGAUGACAAAGUUAAGCCGUCAUUCGCCACCAAGCUGCGCCCGCAGUCUGGCAAAGCCGGCGACUCCAUCAACUUCAUGGUAUCGAUCAAGGGCAAUCCGGAGAAGGUCACGUGGUACAGAAACGGCGUGGCAGUGAGGCCGUCCAAGAACUACAAGGUGUCGCAGAAUGGCGAGGUAUACCGUAUGAGCAUACAGGAAGCAAGCCCGUCCGACUCCGGCGAGUGGAAGUGCGAAGCCACUAAUAAGAAGGGAACCGAGAGUACAACAGCUAAGCUUAACAUAGAAGAAGAGAAGAAGGACGAGGAACCAGAAAUCAUUGAGAAGGACGAAGAGGAGAAAGCAAAGGUGCCAAAGAAGAAACCAGAAGAAAAGAAGAAACCAGAAGAAAAGAAGGAAGAGAAGCCAAAGGAUGAGCCACAGGAGAAGCAAGAGGAGAAGACAGAACCGGCCAAAAAGAAGGUAGAGCAAAAGAAAGAGGAACCAAAACCGGCCGAAAAGCCUAAGGAGGAAGCUAAGAAAGUUGAGCCAAAACCCGCCGAAAAGCCCAAGGAGGAGCAACCGAAGGAAGAACCAAAGAAGGUAAACGAAAGACCCGAUGUAAAAACGGCAGCAGAGCCACCAGCGCAAAAACAAACGACGGAGGUAAAAACAGUAGAGGAAGUACCGACGAAAGUUGGUUCGAAACCCGCUGCUGUACCACAGCAGAAACCAGACGAUCAGGGAGCAGCGGAGCACGAUGAAGAGGAAGAAGAAGUGAGCCCGGGAGCCGAUAAGACAAAGAAGAAGGUAAUUAAAAAGAAAAAGAAGGUGCCAAAGAAGGGAGAACACGAGGAAGAGCCGGAGCCAGAGAAGAAGCCAGCGGCCGGCGAAGCGGAAGGUCUUCCUAAACUUAAGAAAAGAACACCAGCACCGAAAAAGGAACCCGAACACCACGAGUUGUUUACUGAUUUUACAAAGGUAAAAUUGAAGAAAGCAAAAACAAAAAAGCGGGAAGUUGAAACCAUGCACUUAGAAGAGGUGAAACUGAUUGGUCAUGACAAGAGGCCCAGCAUUGCCGAAGGAGCGGUAGGAACAACGGGAGAUUCAAGCUCAACUGAGUUUCAUAUGCCUAGUCGAGGCCCGAAGGAUGACAGAGAGAGGGAGGAGAGUGACAGCGUGGAUUACACAGGAUCGGAGAGAAGCAGCAUAGAGCUCGAGGACCACGAUGCGCAUGCGCCAACAGAAGCCGGCAAAAAGCCCGGUGCAGCUAAGAAGAAGCCUGGCAAAAAGGAGGAGAAAGAGGAAGAAGCUCCGGGUGGCUUUAAGCUAAAGAAGAGAGGGCCGCGUAAGGAGAUACCGCCUCCACAAGAAUUAGCCACUGACUUCACGAAGGUAAAACUAAAGAAAUCUCAAACAAAAAAGCGAGAUAUUGGAAGCAUGGAGUUAGAGGACGUGAGUCUAGUUGGCCACGAUAAGGAGCUAGAAGUUGCUGAAGGAUCGGUUGGAGGAACGGGCGACUCGCGAUCAGCCGAGUUCCGUAUGGCUGGUCGAGACGUCGGUGACCACGAGAGGGCGGAGCUUGAAGAGGCUCAGCAUGUUGCGGACACACACAGGCGCGCGUCGACGGAAAUCCGACACGAGAUCAAUAUACCCAGGAUGGAAGAUGAGGAGGAGGAGGACGAGACCCCACACAAAAAGAGGGUGGUCAAAAAGAAGAAGAAGAAGCCAGAAGGUGACAGCGAGAAGAGGAAACUGAAGAUGGGAAAAGGAAAACUACCCGAUAAAGGAGAAGAUAAUGAAUCCGUGAAGCUAAAGCCCGUGGACCGACUGUCUCCAGAUUACGAGGAGGAAGGUCCACAACGCAAGGCCUCCGCAGACAAGAAGCGUCCAAGUGUCGAACUAAAAGUCAGCGACGUCAGCCCUGCAUCGUCGAGGAAGCCUUCAUUGAAGGUGCCAAAGGGCGAGGGCGGUCUUCGCAGACCGAGCCAGGACAGACGUCGCAGCUCCGUCGGUACCAGAACUGGCGCUGGCCUUCUCUCAGAGACGCACACGUUCGAGUGCAAGCAGAAACAUUUUGAUCCACCUGAUCUAGAGAAGAAGCUGCAAGUAACAAAGGACGAGAAAUGUCCUCCCUAUUUCAUCGAGAAGCCGCAGAACUGGGCCGCUCAGGAAAAGGGAGUCGCUGAGAUCCCAGUCAGAGUAGGAGGAAACCCAGAGCCCCGUGUGCGGUGGUUCAAGGGAUCAAGAGAGCUGUUUGCUAGUCACAGAUAUGUGUAUUAUAUUGACGACGAGACGAACACGGCGACGAUGCAAAUUAAGAAGCUACGUGCAGCAGAUGACGGAAUCUAUACAGUGAAGCUGCACAACUCAGAGGGAGAGGCCGAGGAGAAAUUCAAACUGAUCGUGGCUUGCGAGGGAGGCAUGGACUUCCGCGCCAUGUUGAAGCACCGCGAGUACGAGCAGUGGGAGUUGGAUCAGAUGGCGCUCGAGGAAUCCAAUCUCAAACUACCGACCGAUGACGGAAAGCGUCGUUCAUCGCAGGUGGAAAUCCCUCCCGUACAGCUGAGGAAGGUUGGCCGUAAGAAGAGGGGAGCCGAUGAGGAUAAGCAAAGGUUUAUUAAGGAGCUGGAAGACAAGAAAGCCAAAGAAGGUGUCACAAAGGUGGUGAAAAUGGAAGCCGUCUUCUGCAAGCCGGAUCAGAGGGCUCAGUGGUUCAAGGACAAGCAGGAGCUGUUCCCUGGCCGGAAAUGCACUGUCCUUGUCGAGGGUGACAAGUACACUCUAUCGGUAAAGAAACCAACAGUCGAUGACGCCGGUGUCUACUCGAUCCGCAUCAACAAGUGUGAAUCAAUCGCCUACUUCGGCGUAGAAGAGCCGGAACCGAAGUUCUUCUUUACGAAGCUGUUGCCGAAGCGUGUGGACAUUGACGAGCACCUAACCGCCAUAUUAGAGUGUAGCGUGUCAGACAAACGCGCCCAGGUCAAGUGGUACAAAAAUGGCGAGCUGAUAGAGAACACGGCCCCAGACGCAAUCGAUGUCAAGAGCAUGAAGUACAGCAUGACCAAGGACCAUCUGAACAGAUGCUUCCUUAAGGUCUUCGACGCCGUCUCGAACGACGAGGCUGACUACGUCUGCAAGAUCAACGAUGAGACGUUUACGACGACCAGCUUGUUUGUCGAAUUAAUUCGCUACCAGAUCCUGAAGUCGCUGCUGCCACAGAAUGUAGUCGAAGAUGAGGACGCCAUAUUUGAGUGUGAAGUCAGCGAUGAGAAGGCUCCAGUCCAAUGGUUAAAGGAUGGCAAGGAGAUCGACCCUAAUGAUCCCCGGUACGAGAUCAAGGCCAAGGAAGCGAGCCGUAAGCGGCAGCUCAUCGUUAAGAAGUGCGAUCUGAAGAAGGCUCCUGGACUCUACACGGCGAAGACCAACGACCCGCACUACGGCACAUCGGACGCCAAGUUGAAGGUCGAACCCGCUAACGGCAUUCUUGUAAAGCUGAAGCCGAUGCAGUGUAAGGAGGAGGAGAAGGUCGUGUUCGAAGCGCAAGUCCGUGACGCGUCCGCUCCCGUGAAGUGGUUCCGCGGAGACGACAUAAUCGAGCCGGCUGGCAGAAUCCAGAUCGAGCAAGUCGGCAACACGCUACGUCUGACCCUCGAUGAUGUGAAAAUGUUCGACGCAGGAGAUUACACGGUGCAGUCCGGUGACCUUAAGUCGACCGCUGAGCUGCAGGUCACUGAAUCGGAGAAGCCACCAAAGAUAGGGAAGGUUAAGCCACUGUAUGAGGGACCAGCAGACCAGCCUUUGGAAAUUCUCAUUCCAUAUACCGGCACUAAGCCAGAAGCUGCCCUCUACAAGGACGGUAAGCUGGUUAAGAAGGGUCUGGAUAUCAAGGUGCAGAAGAAACAUAUCAAGAUGAAGCUUAGAAAGCCCGUGCGUGGUGACAAGGGCGUCUACGAACUCAGACUCAAAAACGUAAAGGGCGAGGCAAAGGCACCCAUCAAUGUCAGCAUUCUGGACAUGCCGACGGCGCCUGUCGGCCCGAUGGAGGUCUUCGACGUGUUUGCCGACAGCAUGGAUCUGAAGUGGAGCCCGCCGGAAGACGACGGCGGAUGUCCGAUCGAGAAAUACAUCGUGGAGAAAAAUGACAUCAGCCAGCCCGAGCAAUGGUUCCCUGCAGCGGAGACGGCCGGCAACGAACCAACCGCCAAGGUUGAUGGCUUGACAGCCAAGAAGAAGUACAAGUUCCGAGUACGCGCUGUCAACAAGCUCGGUGCGUCUCCACCGCUAGUGACAACUACACCAACCCUAGCAAAGAACCCAUACGAUGAACCGGGAGCGUCCGGAAUACCACAAAUUGUGGACUGGGAUUCCGAUAGGGUUGACCUCAAGUGGGCGCCACCGAAGAACGACGGUGGAGCUCCUGUCGAGAAAUACAUAAUCGAAAAGAAAUCGGGCACCAAGGAAUGGAUUCCCGUGAUGGAGGUCGCUGGAGAUAAGAGCGAUGCGCGCGUCACAGAGGUGAAGCCGCAGAAGGAAUACAAGUUCCGCGUACGUGCAGUCAACAAGGCUGGUCCAGGACCCCCGAGCGAAGCUAGCGCACCCGUCUUCACUAAACCGAAAUUCUUGAGGCCUAGAAUCGACAUCAGAGACUUGCAAGACAUCGUCGUCAAGGCAGGAAAGCAGGUGGUUGUAGACCUGCCCGUGAGUGGUGAGCCACCGCCGGACAAGGUGUGGACGUACGGGGAGGAAAAGCCGGAGACUCUAGAGGAUGGUGCGCGCACGGGCAGAAUUACCGUCAAGAGGAAAGAUUACCAGACGAAACUGGUUAUCGACAACACGGUCAGAAAGGACACGGGUCCUUACACAUUGACCGUGACAAACUCUUCUGGAUCAGACACAUGCACACUGCAAGUCACCGUUCUCUCUAAACCACUAAGACCAGAAGGGCCCCUGGAGGUGGAUGGAGUAUUCAAAGAUAAAUGCCACGUCAAGUGUAAACGCCCAAAAGACACUGGCGGCCUACCAAUCGACAAAUAUGUCUUCGAGGCUAUGGACGUGAACAGAGGUGUCUGGGAAAAGGUCGCAGAAAUAUCCGGCGACACUGAACCACCGGAAGCAAACAUUGAGGGCCUGACUCCAGGCAAAGAGUACAAGUUCAGAUGCAAGGCCGUCACCGAGGAGGGCGAAUCUGAGCCGUUGACGUCGGAUAAACCAGUCUUAGCUAAGGAUCCGUGGGAUCCCCCGGGCAAGCCAGGCACUCCGGAAUUCGACGAUUGGGACGAAAAUCACGUCAAGCUGAAAUGGGAGCCACCGAAGAACGAUGGUGGCGCCCCCAUCCAAAACUACGCGCUACAGAAACGCGAGAAGGGCAAAAUGAGCUGGACAGAUGGCGGAGAGGCACCUGGCGAUCAGACUACGGGAAUCGUGAGUGGCCUUGAGCCAGGGAAGGAGUACCAGUACAGGGUUAUACCUGUUAACGUUGCUGGCCCGGGUGAACCCAGCGAUCCAACUUCCUUCAAGAUCGCCAAGCCUCGAUACUUGAAGCCCUCGAUAGAUAGAUCUAAACUGAAGCCCGUGACUAUUCGCUGCGGACAAGGAUUCCACUUCAACGUGCCGAUCACCGGUGAACCUCCACCGGAGAAGACCUGGUCGUUCGGGCGCAUAGAACUGGAGCCUGAUGAUAGGACAACGAUCGAGAACGAAGACUACAAUACCAACCUCGCAGUGAAGCGAGCCACGAGAAAGGACACGGGCAUCUAUAAGCUGAAGGUGCACAACGAGACCGGAGACGAUACAGCAGAGGUGGAAGUGAUUGUCCUUGACAAGCCCACCGCGCCGGAAGGUCCACUCGAGGUCAGUGACGUUUAUAAAGACAAUAUGAAGCUGUCAUGGAAGAAGCCAAAGGACGAUGGUGGUCUUCCGAUCGACCAUUAUACAGUGGAGAAGAUGGACCUUGCUCGUAACACGUGGGUGCCAGCCGGUACAAGCAAGACGCCUGAGUUAGUCGUUGAGAACCUGGUGCCAGGCAAGGAGUACCGAUUCCGCGUGAGGGCCGUCAACGAUGAGGGCGAAUCCGAGCCCCUCACUACUGCCGGAAGCACGGAGGCUAAAGACCCAUGGGACGCGGCAGGCAAGCCGGGCAAACCAAACAUUGAGGACUGGGACAGUGAUCACGUCGACCUCAGCUGGACACCACCGGACAAUGAUGGCGGUUCUCCAAUUGAAGAGUACAUCAUUGAAAAGAAGGAAAAGAAAAAGGAUAACUGGACCGAGGCGGCUAAGGUACCUGCCACCCAAACCAAGGGCACAGCCCCGAAUCUUGACGCUGGCAAGGAAUACGAGUUCCGUAUCCGGGCCUUGACGAAAGCUGGACCCGGACAGCCAUCCGAUCCAUCCAGGUCGCAGAUAGCUAAGCCAAGGAACCUGAAACCCAAGAUCAACAUGGGCAAGUUGGCUGACAUCAAGGUCAGGGCUGGCCAGACUAUUGACUUCAAUGUUCCCAUCAUUGGUGAACCGCCGCCGGAGAAGGAGUGGUUCAAGGACGGCAGACCCGUGCACGCGGACGAGAAGCGCACUGCGCUCGUUAACGAGGACUACAACACGAGACUGACGGUGAGAAAGGCUAAGCGUGGAGACACGGGCAAAUACAAGCUCAAGGUUAGCAACGUGAAUGGCGAGGAAGAAGCGACCGUCAACGUUGUCGUGCUUGACAGGCCAGCGACACCCGAGGGUCCUUUGGACAUAACUGAUGUCAACAAGGAUGGUUGCAAGAUUGCGUGGAAUAAACCGAAGGACGAUGGAGGUUCAGGAAUAACCGCAUACAUGGUGGAGAAGAUGGACAAGACGACCGGUCGCUGGAGCAACGCGGGAGAGGUCGAUGGCGCCACCACGUCCAUCGAACUCGAUAAUCUAUUCACGGGCAAGGAAUACAUGUUCCGCGUGAAGGCCAUCAACCGACAGGGAGAGUCCGAUCCCCUCGAGGCCAGCAAAUCCACGCUCGUCAAGAAUCCAUUCGAUCCUGCCAGCAAACCAGGAACACCCAAGGUCGACGAUUGGGACCAAAACCACGUGGAUCUGAGCUGGACACCUCCCGAAAACGACGGUGGCGCCCCCGUGGAGAGCUAUGUUAUUGAGCAGAGAGAGAAGGGAGCUCGCGAGUGGACUAAAGGUGCGGAGGUGCCGGCCGACAAAUGUGCGGGAGCUGUGGAUAACUUGGUCGAGGGACGAGAGUACGAGUUCCGUGUGGUGCCCGUUAACAAGGCUGGACCCGGUGAACCGAGCGACCCGUCCAAGUAUCAAGUAGCGAAGGCCAGGAACUUGCGGCCAAAGAUUGACAAGGACGCCAUGACACCACUCCGCGUUAAGGAGGGUGACGUCAUCGAGUUUGACGUUCCAUUCGAUGGCGAACCGAUGCCCGAGGUCACGUGGACGCGCGAAGACAGGCCGCUGAGCAACGACAGCAGGACGAACAUCAACAACACCGAGGAUGAGAAGACGGUGCACAAGAACACGAAGCUGACAACGAGGGAAGCUGUGAGGGGCGACAGCGGGAAAUACAAGCUGACAGUCAAGAACAAGAACGGAGAGGACAGCUGCGAAGUGGACGUCGUUGUGCUGUCGACGGCAUCGGCUCCUCGUGGCCCACUGGAAGCCAGCGACAUCUUCAAGGACAAAUGCAAGCUGAGGUGGAAGAAACCGACGGAUGAUGGCGGCUCCGGCAUCCAGGAGUACCUGGUAGAGAAGCUGGAUACGACUAAGGGCGUGUGGACGGAGGUAGCGCGCGUGGAUGGAGACACGCCGUACUGUGACGUCGACAAGUUGAACACCUGUCACGAGUACUCUUCCAUCCCCCUGGCCAACCUUGGCCACUCCCAACAUCACCGACUGCCGUGGCAAAGAUCACCAUGCCCGACAUCGCCUGCGAUCUCCGCAUCAAAACUGGAGGUGCGCAUCGAGAAGUACAUUUCAUCGCAAAAGAAGGGACAAAUCCGCUGCCCGUUGCUGGAGAAGGCGCGGAAGUCAGCCGUGCGUGAUGAGCAUAAGGGCACCGUACCAAACCUCCUACCCGGAGCAGAGUAUGAGUUCCGGUGUUCGUGGCCUGUGAAUAAGGCGGGCCCUGGCGAGCCCAGUGAUCCGUCUAGGUCGCAGGUGGCCAAGCCAAGAUUCGUGAAGCCAAAGAUUGACAAGAACGCUCUGCCGAAGACGCUGAAGGUGCGAGCUGGUCAGCCGAUCAAUCUGAACGUGCCCAUCUGCGGCGAGCCCAUGCCCGAGAUCAGCUGGACACGCGAUGGACACCCGAUCACCGACUCACCGCACGGCAGCGUGGAUAAAAGUCCGACGGAGACAGGGGUGAGAGUACCGAAGGCCAACAGAGAUGACACUGGCAAGUACAAGCUGAAGAUCAAGAACGAGUUGGGAGAAGAUGAAGCUGCCUGCGAUAUAAUCGUCGUUGACAAGCCGGGCGAGCCAGAAGGUCCGCUCGACGUCUCAGACGUUAAGAAGGACAGCGCCGUACUUAAAUGGAAGCCACCAAAGGAUGAUGGCGGCGACCCGGUGUCUCACUAUGUGCUGGAGAAGAUGGAUACAGCCCGCGGUUCAUGGGUCGACGCUGGACAGACGUCCGGACCCGAGUGCAAGUUUAAGGUUGAUAAGCUAAUUCCCAAGAAGAAGUACAAAUUCAGAGUGAGAGCUGUCAACCCACAAGGCGAGAGCAUGCCCCUGGAAACUACUAAGGAAAUAAUUGCAAAAGAUCCAUUUGAGACACCAGGAUCUACGGAAGCACCAGAGAUCGUUGACUGGGACACGGAUCACAUGGAUAUCGUUUGGAAGGCACCCAAAGAUGACGGUGGCGCCCCUAUCGAAAAGUACAUUAUCGAGAAGAAAGACAAAGCGCUCGGUCUGUGGGAGAAGGCGGACACAGUGCCAGGCAGCGCUCACUCAGCUACCGUACCAGACCUGGAAGAGGGACAUGAAUAUGAGUUCCGAAUUGUCGCCGUCAAUAAGGCAGGUCCAGGAGAGCCAAGCGACCCAUCGAAGGCUCAGAUUGCAAAGCCCAGGAACCUGGCACCUCAGAUCAACCUUGGUGAGAUGAAGGACAUAAAGGUCAAGGCCGGUCAGCCGUUCUCGAUGGACAUCCCCAUCAAGGGAGAGCCGACACCGACGGUGAAGUGGACACGCAACGGCAAGGAGAUCAAGCCCGACGAUAGAGUCGGUAUCGAGAGCACGCCGACGCUGGCUAACCUGAGCAACAAGUGUGCGGAGAGAGACGACACGGGAGAAUACACGCUCACGCUUACUAACGAGAACGGAAUCACAAGCGCCACUUGCAAAGUGUCCGUGCUAGACAAACCAACGGCACCCGAGGGUCCGCUGGAAGUCUCUGGCGUGACGAAAGACAGCGCCACGCUGUCGUGGAACCCGCCCAAGGACGACGGCGGCAGUCCCAUUACGUACAAAGUGGAGAAGAAAGACACGAAGCGAGGCGCGUGGGUGCCGGUCAAUACUAACGUGAAGGACACCAACUUCACCGUGCCGAAGUUGCAGGAGGGACACGAGUACGAGUUCCGCGUGGUCGCACAGAACGAGCUCGGAGAUUCAGAGCCGCUGCUAACGACCCGACCGGUCGUCGCCAAGGAUCCGUUCACUAAGGCGAGUGAACCCGGUCAGCCCGUAGUCACCGAUGCCGACCGUGAUUUCAUCUCUGUGAAGUGGGAUCCGCCGCACAGCAAUGGCGGAACACCGAUCACCGGCUAUGACAUCGAGCGCAAGGACAAGAACAGCAACCGAUGGAUCAAGGUUAACAAGGAACCGUGCCGGGGAACUGAGUUCACAGACCCGACUGUGACGGACGGUCACUACUAUGAAUACAGAGUCGUAGCAAAGAACAAGGCAGGCGACAGUGACGCAAGCAAACCAUCGAAGAUCAUAAGGGCUAGGCCACUGAAUGAGAAGCCCAAGGCGCACAUGGACCUGGUGGGACGUGAGAUCCGCGUGCGUGCGGGCGAGCCGCUGAACAUAGAUGUGCCGAUAUCGGGCGGUCCGCCGCCGACCGUACAGUGGAAUAAGGACGGCAAGGCCUUGUACGACGGAGGCCGCGCCGACAUGUCCAACGACGACGACAACGCCAAGCUACAUAUCCCGCACUGCCGACGCGAUGACAGCGGCGACUACCAGAUCGCGCUGAAGAACGAGAACGGCGAAGACGUCGGCAACAUCAAGGUCAUCGUUCUUGAUAAGCCUGGCACACCAGAAGGACCUCUUUCACCGACAGCUACCACGAACGACUCCGUAUCUCUGGCCUGGAAACCACCGAAGGACACUGGUGGAGCUGAAAUAACAGAAUAUAUCAUCGAGAAGAUGGAGGAAGGUAUUCCUGUGUGGAACAGAGUGCCUGGAUCGCCAAUGGAUACCAAGUUUACUGUGAAGAACCUGGACAAGGGCAAACGCUACAAGUUCCGUGUGUCUGCCGUCAAUCCGUACGGUCAAUCCGAACCGCUAGAAAGCGCUUCAAUACAGGCGAAGAAUCCGUUCGAUGCGCCUGGAUGCCCUGGUCAACCAGAGAUCACCGAUACAAGUCCGUUCGCUAUAGGACUCAAGUGGAAGAAACCGGAUGAAGAUGGUGGCAACCCCAUUACUGGUUACAUGAUCGAAAGACGCGAAGCCGGUACAGACAACUGGGUGAAAUGUAACAUGACGCCUGUUGCCGGCACCAACUUCUCGGUUACGGGACUGGUCGAGGGAGCCGAGUACGAGUUCCGCGUCAUGGCCGUCAACGAAGCCGGACCAGGAAAGCCUAGCCGAGUAUCCGCACCGGCAUUCGCCAGGGAUCCAGUCUUUGUGCCCGACCCGCCUAGCCUGGUCAACGUGGAUAGCAUUACGAAAGACUCCGUUGGCCUGUCCUGGGAGAAACCUCGCAAAGAUGGUGGCAAGCCGAUUACUGCUUACGUCAUAGAGAAGAAGAAGGGUCCGGAUGGUGAAUGGGAACGAGCGGCUAGGAUUCCCGGACGGGAGACGUCAGGAACGGUGCCGCAUCUAGAGGAGGGAGAGGAGUAUCAGUUCCGCGUGCGCGCAGUCAACGAGCUGGGCGAGGGCGAGCCAAGCAAGCCCACAGACGCCAUCAUAGCUGAGAACCAGCCCGCUAAGCCGCACAUUGACGUGGGCACUAUUAAGGACAUUACGGUGAGGCACGGCCAGCCGUUCACCAUCUCUGUACCGUUCACGGGAUGGCCCGUACCAGAGGCCAGCUGGGAGCUCAACGACAAAGACGUGAAACUAGACGAGAGAAUCACACCAGAGGUGGUCGAAGGCAUGGCAACCUAUCACGUGACGAAGGCCAAACGCGAUGACUCCGGCACGUACAAACUUACGCUGAAAAAUCCGAACGGCACCGAUUCUGUCAAGGUCAACGUAAAUGUCCUGUCACCGCCAGGAAUGCCGAGAGGGCCACUGGAGGCGUCAAACGUGCAGGCCGAUGGUCUCACGUUGAAAUGGCAGGCUCCUAAAGACACCGGAGGCGCCGACAUCACAAACUACAUCGUGGAAAAGAAGGAUCCUAAGAGUGACGUGUGGCAGAAGGUGAGCAGCUUCGUGCCCGGCACCACGUGCAAGGUGCGCAACCUGCAGGAGGGAAAGCCGUACGAGUUCCGCGUCUGCGCAGAGAACCAGUACGGCGUCUCCGAACCACUGAUGACGACGUCGCCCAUUGUCGCCAAGAAUCCGUUCGGUAAACCAGGAGCGCCCAGCAAACCAGAGGCAACGAACAACACUGAGGAUUCAAUCAAGCUGAGCUGGGAUCCUCCGCUGAAGGAUGGAGGCAAGCCAGUGAGGGGAUACGUUGUCGAACAACGCGAGAAAGGUUCUCCAAGAUGGACCAAGGCCGUUAUGGCGCAGGUGCCCGGUACGGAGUGUGUGGUGCCGGGACUUACACCAGGGAAGGAAUACGAGUUCAGAGUGGCGGCUGUCAACGAUGCUGGCACGGGAGACUUCAGCGAUGCGUCGGCAUCUCUCGUGGCGCAACCUCCACCAUUUGCUCCGAGAAUUGAUUGGGACAUGAUGCCGAGAGAUGUGACUGUAAAAGCAGGCGAGCCAUUCAAGAUUAAUGUUCCGUACAAAGGCUUCCCACCGCCGACUGCCACGUGGCUCAAGAGCGGAGAGGAGGUCAAGCCGGAUGAUAGGCUCACUAUGAGCGUGGAUCCAGAGGCAGCCCUACUUGAGUGCUCGAAGGCCAAGCGUGACGACAAGGGAACAUACACGCUAAAACUGAAGAACGAAAAGGGAGAGGACACGGGCACGAUCAAUGUUACAGUCGUUGACAAGCCAGCUAAACCUGGCGGACCUCUGGCGUGUUCUGAGAUCACGCCGGAGUCGUGCACUCUCUCCUGGGAUCCGCCGCCGGAUGAUGGCGGCAUACCCGUAAGCAACUACGUCGUGGAGAAGCAAGAUCUGGCUACAGGUAAAUGGGAGAAGGUGACUAGUUUCUGCAGGCAGCCAGAGUACACCGUACACGGUCUGGAGGAAGGCCAUCGCUACAAGUUCCGUGUGAGAGCAGAGAACGACAUGGGCGUGUCGGAUCCUCUCGAGUGCGAGGAACCAAUCACAGCCAAGUACCAAUUCAACGCCCCUGGUCAGCCAGGCGAGCCUAACAUCGAUAGCGUUGACUCUGACAGCGUUGAUCUGAGCUGGGCCCGACCCAAGACCGACGGAGGCAACAAGAUAGAAGGCUACGUCAUCGAGGCACGGCAGGUCGGCGAUCGGGAGUGGACCAAGGUCAUUCCUCAGCUCACCAAGGAUCUUAACUGCCAUGUGCCUAACCUGGAGACUGGCAAGGACUACGAGUUCAGAGUUACGGCACGCAAUGCUGCUGGUAAUGGCAAACCCAGCUCUCCAUCAAAGACUGUCACCGUCAAGCCGAAAUCAAAGACACCUGGUUGUCCAAGCAUGCCGGAUGUUGGCAAGGUUGGAAAGACCUAUGCCGAGCUCUCAUGGGACCCACCACGGGACGAUGGAGGCAGCAGAAUCACUGGCUACAUCGUUCAGAAGCGGCAGUAUGGCAGCCCGGACUGGGUGAAGGCGAACGACUACACGGUGUUGGAACCUGCCUUUACGGCCACUCAUCUACCAGAGGGCGCUGAGAUGGAAUUCCGCAUCAUCGCGCAGAACGCUGCGGGUGACAGUGAGCCUAGCAACGCCUGCUUCCCCGUCAAGGUCGUAGAUACAGCUGCUGCUAAACCGGAGAUCGUGCGCAAACUGCUGAACACUAGCACGCCAACGGGACAGUCCAUCAAGCUAGUCUGCGAGGCAGUUGGCAAACCAGUCCCCACCGCCAGAUGGUACAGAAAUGGCACCGAGCUGCACACGGGAGCGCACGCUAGGAUGAUGGAGGAGGAUGGAGUGUUCACCUGCAUCAUCCCCAACGUGCACGAGAGCGACCGCGGAGAGUACCAAUGCGCGGUGCGCAACGACAGCGGCACCGACACGACCGAAUGCAAGGUCACCGUGCAGUCUCCCCCGAGGCUAGAGAAGGAGCCAGGCGACCAACUGAUACCAGAAGGAGAGAAUCACAAGGUGAAGGUUCCGUUCCGAGGUGAUGGACCUUUCAGAGUCAAGCUGCUUAAGGACGGAAAGGAAGUCAAGGACAACGAUGAAGACGUCAAAGUUGUUCCAUUCGAUGACUUUGUCAACAUCAACUUCAAGGACGCUCCCAGAGAUGUGUCUGGCAAAUACAAGUUGGUCAUUGAGAACGACAGUGGCACUUGCGAUGCUGCCUUCAACGUCAAAGUGCAGGGCAAGCCAACCAAACCGACGGGACCGCUGGAUGUAUCCGAUGUCUCGAAGAACUGUGCCACGCUCGCGUGGAAGCCACCGAAGGACGAUGGUGGAAGUCCGGUGAAUCACUACGUAGUCGAGAAGCGAGACACCACCAAACCCUUCUGGACAACCGCAAACAGCAACUGCAAGGAUACUACGUUCACAACUCAGGGUCUGAUUGAGGGCAACGAGUAUGAGUUCCGCGUGUUUGCUGUCAACGCAAACGGACAGAGCGAACCACUGGUGUCCGAUCUACCUGUCAUUGCGAAACUGCCGUUCGACCCGCCAGGUAAACCCGGCAUCCCGGAGGUAUCACAGGUUGGCGGCGACUUCGUCAGCCUCAGCUGGGACAGACCGACGUCGGACGGCGGCGGCAAGAUCCAGGGCUACUGGGUAGAGAAGCGCGAGGUCGACUCUGACCGCGACUGGAUGCGAUGCAACCCGUCGCUGUGUCAGCCGACGAUCUUCAACGUGCCCAACCUGAUCGAGGACAGACAGUACGAGUUCCGCAUCAUAGCCGUCAACGAGGCCGGCUCGAGCGAACCGUCAUCCAACUCCACCCCUGUCAAGGUCAAGGACCCCAACGCUCCGGUGCUACCUGAGUUUGUCCGUCAACUGAAACCUGUCACGGGCGUACAGGGCAAGUCCGGCAAGUUUGAAUGCGAGAUUCUUGCUACACCAGGCACUCAAAUCAAAUGGUACAAGGGAACCAGAGAGAUCUUCGACGGCAAGAAGUACAACAUUCACCAGGACGGCGACAGACAUUUCCUCACCGUCAACGAGAUGUUCGGCGAGGACGCCGACGAGUACGUGUGCAGGGCCGCCAACAAAGCUGGCUCCCGCGCCUCUCGCGCCGAUCUCACAAUCAUGUCACCACCGAAGAUUAUCAUACCACCACGGUUUGCUGACGUUGCUACAUUUGAAAAGGGAGAGACAAUCGUCAUCAAAAUACCGUUCACUGGUAACCCGAAACCCAAGGCUAUCUGGUCACACGAAGGAGAGGACAUAGAACAUGGAGGCCAAUACAAGGUGGAGUUGGGAGAGAGGCACGCCAUCCUUACUAUCAGAGACACAGAUAAGAAGGACAGCGGACCCUACCGACUAUUCCUCGAGAACAACCUAGGUCAGGACAGCACUGUCAUCAACAUACAGAUCAACGACAAGCCGGACCCGCCGCGCUUCCCUCUGGUGGAGAACGUGCGCGACACCUCCGUCACGUUGUCAUGGAAACCACCGAACAAUGAUGGCGGCAGCUUCAUCACGGAGUACGUUAUCGAGAAGUGCGAGCCAUCGGUAGAUCCUCUGAAGUGGAUCCGCGUCGGUAGCCAAAGGUUCACGUACCACACGAUGGAAAACCUCGAGCCUAACAAGCAAUAUCAGUUCCGAGUCUGUGCCGAGAAUUUCUACGGCAGGAGUGAGCCCUGCGAACCAACGGCUCCUAUCAAGACCCAGGCAGAAUCAGACGAAUACAACAAAAAGAAGGGCCCACCAUAUGAAGAUGAACAUGGCAGGAAGAUCAGAGGAAGGGGACCGAUACAAGAUAACUAUGACCGAUUCUUCUACGAUUACAACAAGAAGUAUCCGUCCCAGCCGCCGGUGAAGAUCAAGCAUGGCAGCGUAUAUGAUGACUACGACAUACUGGAAGAAUUGGGAGUGGGUGCGUUUGGCGUUGUUCAUCGCUGCGUGGAGAAGGCCACCGGUAACGCGUUCGCUGCUAAGUUCACGAACACCACCAGCCCGCAGGAGAAGGCGCUCAUACGCACCGAAAUCGAGACGAUGAACAACCUGCAUCACCCGAACCUGCUGCGCCUUCACGAUGCGUACGAGGCUCCUGACGAGAUGUGCAUGAUCAUGGAAUACUUGUCCGGCGGCGAGCUGUUUGAGCGCAUCACCUCCGACAACUACAAGAUGACGGAGGCCGAAGCCAUACACUACAUGCAGCAGGUGUGCCAGGGACUGCGGCACAUGCACGAGAACAGCAUCGUGCAUCUCGACAUCAAGCCCGAGAACGUGAUGGCGACGACGAAUAAGUCGACCGACGUGAAGAUGAUCGAUUUCGGACUGUCGGCGAAGCUGAACCCGAAGGAGCCGGUAUAUAUCACAACAGGCACGGCUGACUUUGCUGCGCCAGAGAUCGUUGAGAGGCAGCCUGUUGGGUUCUACACGGACAUGUGGGCAGUCGGAGUGCUUUCCUAUGUGCUGCUUAGCGGAUUGUCUCCGUUCGCCGGUGACGAUGACGUAGAGACGUUGAAGAACGUGCGGCGCUGCGAUUGGGCGUUUGAGCCGUCCGCCUUCCGCGGUAUCUCCGACGAAGGGAAGGACUUCAUCAAGAAACUACUGAUGGCUGACAAAACUGAGAGGAUGACUGUACACGAGGCGCUGGAUCACCCGUGGCUGAAGGGUGAACUUGGCACCUUGGAUCAGAAAAUCCCCAACGAGAGAUACCAUCAGUUCAGAGACAAGAUCCGCGACAAAUACAGCGCAUGGCCACAACCCCAUCUUGGCAUUGGUCGUUUGGCUAACUACAGUUCUCUGCGCAAGCUUAGACCACAGGAAUACAACAUAUUUGAAGGAGAAUGGGAUCGCUACGAAGCAGCUCCCAGGUUUAUCGUUAAGCCGUACAGUACGAUGGCCAUCGAGGGCAGGAGUGCUAAGUUUAAUGCUAGGAUCAUUGCGCCAUCCCCACCAAUCGUCACCUGGUUGAAGGAUGAUUCACCGCUGUCUCAAGGCGUCAAGUACUUGCAGAAAUACUUUGGCAGCGACUACUCAAUGACGGUCAGUCGAUGCAAGAUGGAAGACGCAGGAGCCUACAAGCUACAGGCAUCCAACUCAUUCGGCACUCGCGAGCAGAAAUGCCACCUGACUGUCGAAAAAAUACCGGAGGUGCACGACCUGCCGUUCCGUAGUUUGGAACCAACACGCAAGAAGAACUACGAGCUGAAGUGGACGGAGUGGGUGAUCGAGGAGAAGGCGCCAAGGUUCGACUUCCCGCUCAGGUCGCGGUUCGUGCCCGAGCACAGCAACGUCAAGCUGUCGUGCUGCGUGCAAGGCAACCCGACACCAGUC